AUGCAUCCUGGAUUUUCUAAAGCAGAAUUAGGAGAAACCAAAUAUCCAAAGCGAGGCAAGUCAUAUGAUCUUAACCACACUUCUGACGGUCAGACUGCUCAAGUCUCGAGUCAGAAAGCAGAGAUCGAGAAAACAUGGAAUAAAUUUGUCGAGUCGUCCACUCUUCACGGUUUGCUUCACGUCUUCUCCAGCUCAACUAGAACGCGUCGCUUUCUAUGGGCUGUGCUUCUUUUGCUGGCAAUGAUGUGGUUUUCAUUUCAGUCCUUCAAGUUGAUUGAGAAGUACUACAGCUACCAGGUCACGACAAAAGUCAGUUUGAAAUACGACCCCAUGCCGACUUUUCCAGCGGUGACUAUCUGCAACUUCAACGUGUUCAAAAGGUCUGUGGUUAGAACGUCAGCGUAUGAAGAAAUUUUGCCCCAACUUCAUGCAUCUGUUGAUAAAAAAAUGGGCUUGUUCGAUGUCAAUGAUAGCAUUGACUUAAACAAAUAUCAUGACUUAAACCUCACACAGUUUUACAUCGAUGCAGGACACCAAAGCAAUGAUACUGUUAGACAUUGCAUUUGGAACGGAAAACCGACCUGCGAUCACAGGAAUUUCACGUCCGUUCUGAUAUCAAUGGGACUUUGCCACACUUUCAACUCAGGAAGAAAUGGUCAACCUAUACUGCGAGUGAAGCAGGGAGGUUCCAAUCGCGGAUUACACUUGAUAUUGAACGUUGGACAAGAGGAAUAUUACGGGACGGCAUCAUAUGCUGCCGGCCUCAAAGUUCUUGUUCAUGAUCAGCAGACUCUGCCACUGGUCUCUCAGCUUGGCUUUGCUGUGAGUCCUGGUACGAGUACAUUUGCAGCGUUAAAAAAACUACGGACACUCAAUCUUCCAAAACCUUAUGAAGGAAACUGCCAUGACAAAGAGAUUACUAGCAUACCUGGCUAUAACAAGUACACGAUUCCUUCUUGCCAAGAGAUUUGUGUGACCAACUUUGUAAUUAAUAAGUGUGGAUGCAGGGACGCUUUGAUGCCAGACAUAAACAACACCAAAGUGUGUGGAUUGCGCGAAAUCAAGAAUUGUCUAGAGAAAGAGAUGAUCAACUUUUACAGUAGAAUAGAUGACCAGUGUGAGUGCCCAGUACCUUGUGAUUCAAUCUCCUACAAUCCCAUAUUGUCAUACGCUGACUUUCCGAGUAACAAUUUUAUCGAGGAUUAUGUCAAACGACGAGGACCCAAUUUUACAACAGAUUCAUUGGAAGAGAAACAAGAAAGCAUGAGCCAGAAUCAGCUGGAACUGCGCGUGUAUUUUCAAGAACUUAAUUACCAAGUCAUCGAGGAAAUACCUGCUUAUAACUAUGAAAGUCUGUUAGGUGAAAUCGGCGGUCAAGUUGGUCUCUGUGUUGGCGCCAGUCUCUUGACCGUGCUUGAAUUCUUUGACGUCAUAAUUACUAUCGUCGGGAUACGGCUGGGAUUUAGAUAAACUCACAGACUGAAC